UGCCUCACAGGGAGGAGGGAGGGCGUGCCAUCGUGGGAGAGGUCUGCUUCUCCACACCAGACUCCUCUCAUCCCUCUGAGCUGGAGGAGCAAGCAGGAACCUGUGCGCAGCUUCCACCUCAGCUGACUCUCGGAUAGAUAACAGUGUUGCCCAGUGGGGAAGAUGGAUGUUCUGUUUCCUGCGGUUCUUCUUUGCGCUGCGAGGAUCCUCGGUGGAGCAUCAGCCGCGUCUCACUAUAAUUGCAAUGGUCCUCUCGCAUCAGCGUUGCCACACUCAUCGUUUCAGAGCUCAUCUCAGUCCUCGGCGAGUUAUUCUGCCUUCUAUGCCAAGCUCAACAGGAGAGACGAAGCAGGAGGUUGGUCUCCUAUGGUGACAGACCAAGACCCCUGGCUCCAGGUGGACCUCCGGGAGCAGAUGGAGGUGACUGCCGUGGCUACGCAGGGACGUUACGACAGCUCGGACUGGGUCAGCAGUUACCUGCUGCUCUACAGCGACACGGGUCGCAUCUGGAAGCAGUACAGACAUGAGGAUGGAUUGGAGAAGUUUGAUGGGAAUGUGAAUUCAGAAACCGUCGUCCAGAACAAGCUGUCCCACCCUGUGAAGACACGUUUCCUGCGCUUUGUCCCUCUUGAAUGGAACCCCAGUGGAUGGAUGGGCCUGAGAGUGGAGGUGUUCGGAUGUUCCUACAAAUCAUACGUGGCAGAUUUCGAUGGGAGAAGCUCACUACUGUAUCGGUUUAACCAAAAGUCCAUGUCAACGGUGAAGGAUGUUAUUUCUCUACGCUUUAAGAGCCACCAGGCUGAGGGUGUCCUGUUGCAUGGAGUGGGGCAGCGAGGAGACUACAUCACACUGGAGCUGCACCGAGGAAGACUGGACCUCUAUCUCAACUUAGAUGAUAGCAGGUCAAGGUUCAGCAGCCGCCGUGUUCCAGUUACCGUGGGCAGCCUGCUGGAUGACCAGCACUGGCACUCUGCUCACAUCGAGCGCUUCAACAGGCAGGUCAACCUCACUGUGGACUCCCACACACAGCACUUCCAAACCAGCGGGGAAGGACAGUCUCUGGAGGUGGACUACGAGCUGAGCUUUGGAGGAAUACCUCUUCCUGGGAAACCUGGCACCUUCCUGGGGAAGAACUUCCAUGGCUGCAUUGAGAACCUGUAUUAUAAUGGCAUCAACAUAAUAGACCUGGCAAAGAGACGCAAGCCGCAGAUACACAGUGUGGGCAACGUGACCUUCUCAUGUUCGCCACCCCAGCUGGUGGCCUGCACCUUCCUGAGCUCGAGCAGCAGCUUCCUGUCGCUCCCGUCUGUUACUGCCCCCACAGGGGAAUUCACUGUUCGCUUCCAGUUCAGGACCUGGAACCCCGACGGGCUUCUGCUCUCUGUGCAGCUCAACCCAAGUCCACAGAAACUAGAACUGCAGAUCAGCAACAGCUGGCUUCAUUUGACCCUCCAUAGCACAGGACGACAGAGAUCAGAGGUUUCUGCUGGUCGCAGAGUCAACGAUGGAUUAUGGCACACUGUGAGUCUUACCAGCAGGAACCUGCAGAUCACUCUGAGUGUGGAUGGCGAGCCUUCAUCCAAGGUUGAACUUUGGGAAACAGUGGAAUCAAGAGGCAGCUUCUACUUCGGAGGCUGUCCGCCCACAGAGUGUCACAUCCAAGCUCCUGCCUUCCAGGGGUGCAUGCAGCUCAUAUCCAUCAACAAUCACCUGGUGAAUCUCACUCAUGUGCAGCAAGGAUUGCUGGGAAAUUAUAAUGAGCUGCGGUUUGACACAUGCAAUAUGAAAGACAGAUGCCUGCCUAACCUCUGCGAACACGGUGCCCGCUGCUCCCAGACGUGGAGCUCCUUUUCCUGCGACUGCUCUGGAACAGGAUACUCUGGAGCGACAUGUCACAACUCUAUUUACGAGUCAUCCUGCGAAGCCUACAAGCUGAGUGGCAGCUCCUCGGGCUUCUACUUCAUCGAUCCAGAUGGGAGUGGUCCCUUGGGGCCCACACAGGUAUACUGCAACAUGACAGAAAAGAAGGUGUGGACGGUGCUGUCUCACAACAGCACUGCUCCUGUAAAAGUCCAGAAGUCCUCUCCUCAGAGACCUCACAUCAUGAAGUUCAACUACAACGCAUCAGCCGACCAACUCCGCGCCAUCGUGGCUAGGUCAGAGCAGUGUCAACAAGAAGUAGUCUACAACUGCAGGAAGUCCCGUCUCUUCAACACAAAGGAUGGAAGUCCGCUGUCCUGGUGGCUGGACCGUGAUGGAGACAAAAGGAGUUACUGGGGAGGCUUCCUUCCUGGAGUACAGCAAUGUUCCUGCAGCCUGGAGGAGAACUGCGUGGAUAUGAAUUACUUUUGCAACUGUGAUGCUGAUACAGACAGUUGGGCUAAUGACACAGGCCUCCUCUCCUACAAAGAUCACCUUCCAGUCAGCCAGAUAGUGAUCGGAGACACCAAUAGGACCGGAUCGCAGGCUGUCUACCACGUCGGCUCUCUGCGUUGUUAUGGAGACAAAUCUAUUUGGAACGCGGCCUCUUUCUACCAGGAGGCCUCCUACCUGUACUUCCCCACCCUGCAGGCAGAGCUAGCCUCAGAUAUCUCCUUUUACUUCAAGACCAGCUCUCCCUCAGGGGUAUUUCUGGAGAACCAGGGCCUGAAGGACUUUAUCAGGGUGGAGCUGAGCUCUCCAGCAGUGGUGACUUUUUCCUUUGAUGUGGGCAACGGUCCGGCCGUCCUGUCCGUGAAGUCCCACCUCCCUCUGAAUGACAGACAGUGGCACUACGUGAGGGCAGAGCGGAAUGUGAAGGAAGCGUCCCUGCAGGUCGACAAGCUGCCCCUUCGUCUCCUGGAGGCUCCGGCUGACGGACACCUCCGCCUCCGGCUCAGCAGCCAGCUGUUUGUGGGAGGAACAGCAUCCCAGCAGAGAGGUUUCCUGGGCUGUAUCAGGUCUCUCAUGGUUAACGGCUUGACCUUUGACCUUGAGGAGAGGGCCAGGAUGACCCCUGGAGUGAGCUCCGGCUGUCCAGGAUACUGCAGUGGCUCUAGCAGUCUUUGUCACAACAGAGGUCGCUGCAUCGAGAAGAGCAAUGGCUACAUCUGCGACUGCUCACAGUCUGCCUACGGAGGGGCUACCUGCAACCAAGAGGUGUCGGUGUCCUUUGACAGAGAGUCCUCAGUGACCUACACCUUCCAGGAGCCUUUCUCAGUGAUGCAGAACAGGAGCUCGCAAGCCUCCAGUGCAUUCACAGAGAGCAGGGCCAGGGAGGACGUGGCCUUCAGCUUUGUUACCUCGCAGAGGCCAGCCAUGCUGCUGACAGUUAGCACCUUCAGCCAGCAGUACAUUACAACUAUCCUGGCCAGAAACGGAAGCCUUCAGAUUUGGUACCAUCUUCAGACAGACAGAAGUCCAGAUAUCUUCAACCCAGUCCCCAAGAACCUGGCAGACGGACGUCUUCAUCGGAUCAGAAUCCACAGAGUUGGUAGAAACCUCUAUGUACAGAUCGACCAGGACAUCCACAGAAAGUACACACUGUCAUCUGAUGCAGAGCUGAUCUUAAUCAGAUCCUUGACGCUGGGCAAAGUCAUCAGAAUGGAGAGCUUUGAUGAAGAGGUGGUUAAAGCGGCUUCCAGAGGUUUUGUCGGCUGUCUCUCCUCAGUGCAGUUCAACCACGUCGCUCCGCUCAAGGCAGCACUGACCAAUCGGGGGAGCUCCCUUAUCACUAUUCGAGGUCCUCUUGUCCAGUCAAAUUGCGGAGCUUUGGCUGAGUCCACCUCACACAUUCUGCAAGAUCAAGCUGCAAAUGAAGAUAAGGAGCAGCAUGACAGCAACGCCCAGAAGGAUUUGGCUGUAAUAGCAGGUGUGGUCACAGCGGUAGUCUUCAUUGCCGUGUGCGCUCUGGCUGUGAUAAGCCGCCUCCUCUAUCAGCAGCGCCGGGCGAAGAGGAGCAGCAGCAUGAAAGAGGAGCACAGACACAGCACGUACACAGACUACAGGACUGAGCUCCAUCUCCAAAACUCUGUCAGGGACAAUGUGAAGGAGUACUACAUCUGAGCUCAGCAAGCAGCCUGUGCCACAAACUUACCUCUUUCUGACAAAGGACUUCACAGGUGGACACACUGCUGCAGCGACGACACACCCCAGUGCCCUGGAAGCUCCCAGGAACACUGCAAACACCUGCAGCCUCAAUCCGCCCUCUCAACGCUCCUGUACAAGCUAGUGGCUGAAUCUCUGCAGCUGUUAGUGUUUUUGAUGUUGGUGAAAUUGUCAGAAUCAAGCUGCUGUGCUUUCUGUCAUUGAAACUGUGUAAAGCAUAAGAUGAAUGUCCUUCAGGGGGCUGACUGAAGGACGGCGUGAACACAGGGAGCAGAAGCUGCUGUCUAUCCUAUAUGAACACAACACAACAAACGGUCCAACCCCGCCACCCCCCAUCCGCCCUGAGCUGUGGGAUGCACUGGGCUGUACAUGUAGAUGAGAAGUUGGAGACCAGGCCUGUAAGAUAUGCGUGCAUUCGCUGCUGUAAUUGUUUUUCCCUAUUCCAGUGGUGAUGAAUGUUGUAGAAAAAAUGGCGACUAAACUGCCUAAACGGUAUGAGUGCCUAAUUUGCAUUAUGCUUUUGUUUUUCAACAUUUUACAAGAUUUUUCAUUGAUAUGCGCCAAUGCAGUCACAUUUGCAUCAAACAUGAACUUUUUGUCAUUCGCUGGAGUGACCGACACCGCAAAAGCUGAGUCUCCCAGCCGUAACCAACCUCUGCUUCCUGAACCGAAGCAAAGGGAGCCUGUUUUUGUUCCUGAGGUGUUUUCCAUUUCAUCACAUGAAGCAGCCAGAUGCUAACAAAGCACAGAAGUCCAGACUCUGCAAAUAGAUGGAGACUUGAAGCCUCAUUCAUCAAACUCACAAAGAGCUUAAAAUAUGGGCGGAGGAGUGGAAACAUGCAGGGUUUAGUGGAAUUACUUCUAAUGAAUAAUCAAUAAAUAGACAUCCUCCCUC